UCCGCUCCUCCCGGGGCGGCCGCCGCUGCUCGCGGUGCGGACCAUGGACCGGCUGAGCGUGCUGGACCAGCUCCUGCCAGAGCUCAGCAUCCUGCUCAAGCUGCUGGACCAUGAGUACCUGAGUGCCACAGCCCAGGAAAAGAAGGUGGCUGUGUCCUCCAUCCUGCAGAAGCUGCAGCCACCCACAGGGAAGGACACAGACUUCAUGUAUGUGAACACGGCCUCCCUGAGCAAUGGCACCAGCUUUGUGGAGUCUCUCUUCGAGGAGUUUGACUGUGACCUGCGGGAUCUCCGGGACAUGCAGGAGGAUGAUGGGGAUACUGGUGACAGCAUCGGUGUGGAGCUCGCGAGGAGCCAGCCAGCUAAGAGCGUUCCUGCAGACCCCCCUCCGCCUCUACCCACCACCCCCCCACCUGAGGAUUACUAUGAGGAAGCGCUGCCCCUGGGCCCGGGCAAGGCCCCCGAGUACAUCACCUCCCGCAACAGCUCCAGCCCCCCCAACUCUAUCAUGGAUGGCUACUAUGAGGACGCAGACAGCAACUACCCCGUCACCAGGAUGAACGGGGAGCAGAAGAACUCUUACAACGACUCAGAUGCCAUGAGCAGUUCCUAUGAAUCUUAUGAUGAAGAGGAGGAGGAGGGGAAAGGUCAGCAGCUGACACACCAGUGGCCAUCAGAAGAAGCCUCCAUGAACCUGGUGAAGGACUGUAGGAUUUGUGCUUUCCUGUUGCGCAAGAAGCGCUUCGGGCAGUGGGCCAAGCAGCUCACCAUCAUACGGGAUGGCAAACUGCUGUGCUACAAAAGCUCCAAGGACCGGCAGCCACAUGUGGAAGUGCCACUGAGCACCUGCAAUGUCAUCUAUGUCCCCAAGGAUGGGCGACGCAAGAAGCAUGAGCUGCGCUUCUCACUGUCUGGCGCUGAGGCACUGGUGCUGGCUGUGCAGAGCAAGGAGCAGGCUGAAGAAUGGCUGAAGGUGAUAAAGGAAGCAAGCACUGCAGGAACGAGUGGGAUGGAAGUCCCCAUGUCCCCAGUGAUGCCCUGCAAGAUGGAUCUGGAUAAGAGGCUGUCACAGGAGAAGCACACCUCUGACUCAGACAGUGUGGCGACGGGUGAGACCUGCUCCCCCAUGGCGCGCAGAGAGCUCUGCGAGAAUGGGAAAGUCAAGAAGAGCGGCUUGGCUGACCUGAAGGGCUCGAUGAGCCGGGCAGCAGGGAAGAAGAUCACCAGGAUCAUCAGCUUCUCCAAGAAGAAGCCUUCCCCUGAGGAUACGCAGACCUCCUCCACUGAGGAGGAUAUCCCAUGCUGCGGCUACCUGAGCGUCCUGGUCAACCAGUGCUGGAAGGAGCGUUGGUGCCGCCUCAAGGCCAACACCCUCUACUUCCACAAGGACCGCACCGACCUGCGCACCCACGUCAAUGCCAUCAACCUCCGGGGCUGUGAGGUGGUCCCAGGACUGGGUCCCAAACACCCCUUUGCAUUCCGUAUCCUGCGCAAUGGGCAGGAGGUGGCCGCUCUAGAGGCAAGCUGCUCAGAAGACCUGGGCCGCUGGUUGGGCCUUCUCUUGGUGGAGACGGGCUCCCAGACCACACCGGAGGCCUUGCACUAUGACUACGUGGAUGUGGAGACGAUUGCUAACAUUGUGACAGCCGUGAGGCACUCCUACCUGUGGGCCAGCAGCUCCCAGGACAGCCGGCCCGACUCCUCCCGCGUGGUGUAUGAUGAUGUCCCCUACGAGAAGGUUCAGGCAGACGAGGAGUCGGGACGGCCAGCAGGAGCCCAGGUGAAGCGCCAUGCCUCCUCCUGCAGCGAGAAGUCGCGGCGAAUUGACCCGCAGGUCAAAGUGAAGAGACAUGCAUCGAAUGCCAACCAGUACAGGUAUGGGAAGAACCGGGCUGAGGAGGAUGCCAGGCGGUUUCUGACAGAGAAGGAUAAGCUGGAGAAGGAAAAAGCAGCAAUUCGCAGUGAGCUGGUGCUGCUGCGGAAAGAGAGGAGGGAGCUGCGGGAAGCCAUGAAAGGCAGCUCAGGAGUGAAGCUGCAGGACCUGGAGCAGCGUGUGGCUUUGCUGGAGGAGCAAUGCCGGCAGAAGGAGGAGCGCCGCGUCGACCUGGAGCUCCAGCUGAGUGAAGUGAAGGAGCAGCUGAAGCAGUCGUUGGCAGGAGGGCCGGCCCUGGGACUGGCUGUGACCAGCAAGGCUGAGAAUGGGGAAGCUACAAACAAGCCAAAUGGGAGCCCUCCUGAGCACUUGGUUCCCGUUAACAGUGCAGCUGAACUGAGAAAGAGAAGCCCCUCCAUCCUUCCUGCCAACAAGGGCAAUGUGCUGAGGAAGGCCAAGGAAUGGGAAAAGAAGCAGACUUAAACCAGGCAGUGGGAACACCUGCCAGGCCCCACUGGACACUGUGGCCUACUGAGGAGCUACAAGGCCCCUUUCCCAGGCGUGGGGAGAAGUGUCGCCUCCCUUGCCCCUGUGCUACAGUGCCUGCCACAUGGGCAAUACUAUGAACUGUGGGGAAAGGGGCGGGAGGGGAUUUACACAGAGCGAGGUGCUGGAGCAGGCUGCCCAGAGAAGCUGAGGAUGCCCCAUCUCUGGAGGCACUCAGGGCCAGGUGGGAUGGGAU